AAUGGGAAAAUCUCAUUGUUGUGAUGAGUCUGGACUCAAGAAAGGACCAUGGACUCCCGAAGAGGAUCAAAAACUUGUGCAGUACAUCCAAGAACACGGCCAUGGAAGCUGGCGAGCUCUCCCCAAGCUUGCAGGUCUCAACAGAUGUGGCAAAAGCUGUAGGUUAAGAUGGACAAAUUACUUGAGACCUGAUAUCAAACGAGGCAAUUUUUCUCAAGAGGAGGAGCAGACCAUUCUACAUCUACAUUCUCUCCUCGGAAACAAAUGGUCAGCGAUUGCAACACAUCUAAGCGGACGAACUGACAAUGAGAUCAAGAAUUUCUGGAACACUCAUUUGAAGAAAAAACUGAUCCAGAUGGGGAUUGAUCCGAUGACUCAUCAACCCAGAACCGACCUCUUCUCCAAUCUCCAGGACCUUUUGCCGCUGCAAUAUCAGUCGUUGGAUCAACAUGGUGCUACUUCAUUACAUGAUGCUGCAGAGGCUGUGGCUCAGUUGGUUAAGCUUCAAUACCUGCACCAGCAAUAUGUGCUCCAAUCACAUUUGUUAAACACUAAUGUUGGUAGUUAUGAUCCUCCUCCUCCUAUAAAAGAAAACCUCCCAGUUUUAAAUUCAUCCCAUUUAGUAAUCGAAAGUCCAAGCUCAUUUUCUCAACCACUCCAUUAUGGAACCUUAGUACCUCAUCACGAAAACCCACAAGUCCCUUUCAGUAGCUUUGCAGUCUCUGAAAUUGAUCCAAUGGUCAGUAGUCUCAGCCAAGCAGAGGAGAAGAACCCACCUGAAAUGUAUGAAUACUCUCCAUCGUUUCUUCAGUACUCUUCUAAUAUUCCUACACCUUUGGCUGAUCCUCUAAUUAACAAUCCUGGAGAAGCGAGCUGCAGCACUUCCAGUAAUGGAGGAAUAAGAAGUACUACUUCUUCUUCCUACUGGUCCGAGCUUCUUAUCGAGGAAACCAAAACCAAUUAUGAUUGAGAACUUUCACGCAUUAGCAUGUAGAGAAAUACUAGCAGCCUGCUUUCCUUCAUUUUUUUACCAUUCUCUUCCUCCCUUCUUACCCUCCCUUCUUUAUUGAGACUGUACAUUCUCUCGUUUACGUACUGGCUCUUUCACUAUUUAAUCAUUGUUAGAAAUGGAGGUUUCGUCAUGAGAAUCUUACAGCUAUCACCAGACCGGUCUGUUUAAUCAAUAAAAGUGUAUUCUUAAGGGCGAUCUGAUCAUAUGAAACAAGUUACUUAUUAUGUAGAUGGGAGAGACUGCUAGCAUUCCCCAUGCAUAUUUU